AUGCGUUGGCUUAAAGAAGCGAAAGAAGGUACUAUCAUUGUAGGUGGAAAUGGUGAAGGAGUAGAAGCAAAUCAAUUUCGCUAUCUCCAGACUGUAUUUAACCGUGCAAAAGAACUAGUUAGUAAUUUGAAUAUAUUACCUUCAUUAAACGAAUGCAAUGCCGGUGAACUUAAUGGUUUAAGUAAAAAUAUAUCUGAUAGUAUUAGAUUCAACAUUAAUUCGGAUAAUUAUUUAGCAACAGAUUCAGAUUCUUCAUCAGAUUCUGAAUCUGAUUAUGAUGAUGAAGCAAUGGGAAGUAAUGAAUUUGAUAGUGAUCUAAUCAAUGUGGAUGAAGAAGAUAAAGAUGCGGCAAUGACACAAAACUUUGAUGAAAUUAAAACUGAGAAAAUAAAUUUUACUGGUAUGCGUAUAUUCGAUUCGAUUAAUCCAGCAAUGAAAAACUCCUAUUUUCAAGUGCAAAUAAAUAACAAGACUAAAUUUAGCCGUUUAACGGCUGAUAGAUUAUCACGAGUGAUAGAAACAAACAAAAAGGAUUGAAAAUCUUCAUCAGAUUGAUUUGGAUAGAUGGAGAAUUUCUUAUAAAAAUAAACCACUUCAUUCAAAAAGCAUUCACUUAUUAAUUAUCAUGUUUUCUAAGAUCAAACAAGCUUGAAUUUUUUCCAGUGCAUUAAAAAAAAACAAUAAAAAGUUCACCUUUCUACUAAAAUAAAACCGUCGAAAACAAGACAAUUUCAUUAGUUUCUUGUGAAUUUUCAUGCACGAAAUGUAUUUUAAGGCUUCCAGAAGACUUCAAGAGACUUCAGAAGACUUCGAAAGACUUUCAAGACUUCAGUCGUGAAGUCUCCGCUGUUUCCCCUUGAUGUUUAUCAUAUUAAAAUGGAGGAUUUAUGUAGAUAUCAAUCAUAGCAUCGUGGAAAAAUUUUUAACAAUUAUCUUUUAGAUUCUUUGUCGUACCUAUACGAAAAUUGAUAUACGAGAUAUGAAUUUAUUAUCUAUAUUGACUAUGAAAUGUUUAUUUUAGAUUAUUAUCAUCAAUUUUUCUCAGGCAACAAUAACUUUUAACCAUUGUCUUUGUCCUUCAGGAAUGCUUUGUCUAAAUUAUUGAUCACUCUACGAAACUAAAUCAUCAUUACGUUAUAUUCAAUAAUAAAAAAACUUAUCAAGAUCUUAUCAAUAUAGCGCCACAUACUAUUCGUUCAAUUUAAUAGAAUGUGUACUUGAUUGAACAUUUUCUGUAUACAAACAGAAGCAUCGAUAAAAUAUUAUUAAUUCACUCAAUAAUCAACAAUGAAUCAGAGUGAACGUAUUGCUGUAGCGAAACAUUUGAUUUAAUCAGAUAUUUUUAUAUAAUAUUGAGCUAUUGAAAACGAAAAGUAAACAACUAUCUAAAAUGAUUACUGUUAUUCGCUCCUGAAGUUCAUGUGGUAUAAAUGAUUCUGUUUCUGAAUGCCAUAAAAUUUUUUGGAUCAUACAAGGUAAUGGUUCGAAAACAACAUACCAAAUAUUUUUUUCGAACAUAGUAAAUGGUGUCUCAUAUUUAUAUCACAUAUACGAAGUGACGUAGUUCAAAGAUGUAGCUUAUGGUGAAUAUCUGAGUGUAGUAAUUUGUUUAACAGCGUACAAAUAUAGAGCUGCCGAAACUAAGAAAACGAUAUUUAACAAUGAAGUUUUUCAUAAAAAUUGCUCAAUCUGUUCACCUCGUAAGUCUUUGCAAAGUUGCAAUCACUUGAGUACUGAUCGGCACGCUUGUCGACAUAAUUCUAUUGACAAGUUUCGUAUUUCUAUCAUGAUAGUAUUUGUAGAAAUUCGGCGCUCGCACUGGCCAAUCAAUUGGUCUACGUCCACUGAUCUGUCGAUUAGGAAACUUUUUACACUAGACGUCUCGAGCAGACUGAGCAUAAGGAGCUGGAGCUCCACCGUGCAUAUAGAAUAUAUCUUUGUUCAACUUCUCUCGAUAUCUGUGUGCAGCAACAGUGUCACGAAAGAAGAACGGACCUACGGUACUUUCAGAGUAUUUAUGUCUUGCAUAAUGACAAUAUGAGGAUUUUCUACAGCGCAGUAAACACAAUUAUGUCGAUUAACAUGUCCAUUCAAACAAUUCAGUCAGACAACAAAGAGUUUUUGCAAUCAAGUUCGGAAAAAUAUCGGCAAAUUGGCAAGAUCGAUCGGAGUAAUCAUCGCUCGGGGCAUGUAGUAAGUGAGAAUGAUAAGGUUUCAAACUCAGCUCUUUCAUCAUUUGUCAACGGGCGGUUAUUCUCUUGGUCAAUAUUUCGAGACUUUCCUGAAAAGUGGCAUGAAUGCAUUCUCGACACUUCUUUCGGGCGUAAUGGUUCUGGAAGUAACGAUUCUUUUUGAUACGGACAGCUGAGGACGUUCACUCAUGAUUAAAAACAAUCUGAAAAAGACUAAGCAUGAUUAUGUUAGAAUGGGUAUUUGCUGCUUAUUUUUAUCCGAUGAUGCCACACAGUGACUACACACAGUGCUCGAAUCGAAGCGUAUAUAUAUAUUGUCUGCAGAUGCGACUGCUAGCACAUAUAUAAAUAUUAGUAGGGGAGAUAAAGUAAUACAUGUUAUGACAUCAAAACUAUAACUGUUAAACGCACUUCCUUACUUUUGAUCGCCCUGUAUUUUUACGCUAAGCAGGAGAUCUAACUGACGAUUUACAAAGAAAAAAGUGAAAAAAUUCUGUGUUAGGUUACUUUGGGUCCACCCUUUAUAUUAGAGAACAGCAAUAGACUUGUUUCAUCAUUGAAAGUGGCAAUAUUGACUUAGACUCCUAAUGUCUGUCAAUUUCUGUUUAAAUGCUACAUUUCUCUAUUAUUUCUUUACGAUAUCAGAACUUUAUCAUCAAUAUUACAUGCAGCUGUCUCAUUUUCUGUUAAAAACAAUGUUGUUGAUUGAUCAAAUAACAUUACAGCAAAAUCACGAACGACUUCUGGUAAUCGGCAUCAUCUUUUACGAACUCUUCACCAUAAGACCAUUUGAACAUCUCUAAUAUUUAUGCUAAAAUGUUUUCUCUCCUUGCUUAUCCGCGUCACUAUAUGGGCUCCUAAACUCGUUUGAUGUUUACGAGACUACUGUGAGGUAUAAUAUUAUGUUCAUGAAUCUAUCAUUUAUUGUCAUUCUCUCUUUUUCUGUUCACUACUAGCGUAUCUUCUCUUUCUGGACUUUGCAUUUGCUCUAUGUGCUUUGUUUCAAUGUUUUCUCUUUCUCGUUCGUUCUCUGUCGGCAUAAACCAUAGUAUAAUGAUAUAUGUAUUACGUUUGGCGUCGAUACAAGGACACAAAUUAUUUACAAGAAGAAUGUUAUGCUGCAUACUCUAGUCAAAACGAACAUUUUGCAAACAGUACAAGGUACAUUUCUACCUCAUUGUAUUGCUUUAACUGCUCUGAUAUGCACUCUGGCAGAAUUAAUGAUCACUGACCAUGUAGAGAGAUAUGAAAACAAAAUCAAUUAAAACCCAUACACCUAUCUACCAACGACAAAACGACUGCAAAUCGUAUUUUUGAUCUGACAUGUGGAAUAUAUGAUCAAAAGAAGUUUUCUUGCAUAUGUAUAAAUAGCACAAGUUUAGAUGUUUAUAAUACAUAUAAAAACUUAAUAUGAAGAUACAAGCGAUUGAUAUACUUUCUGAGUCUUUUAAUACAUGCUUGAAUAACAUACAAUGAGCGCUGUAAAAAGCAUGUACAUUUUUAUUUUUUUACACUUAUACAAAUCACAAAAGUAUUGAAAAAUUUUCUUUCAUAUCAAACUUUGUAGAGCUUUUUUUGUUGAUCAUUUUGGUUAAAAAAACUUUAAAUUUCAUUGAGUAAUGAUGAUGUUAUAGUCAAAAUACUAAACACUGUAAACUAGCUUAAAUUGCAAUUUUUUCUGACAAAUAAUGAUAAAACAUCGAUUCGCAUAUCUCAAGAUAGUUACAUUUUGGAGAAUUAUGAC